GUUACGAACUACGGCCUAAUCGCUGCCUGUCUUCUAAUAAGGAAUAUCACUCGUGAAAAUCUUUCGUCUCGAGGCAGCAUGAAUUUCGUAGUAGUUCAAUGGCGGGGCAACUUCUUUCGACGGUCUUGUCGUGAGGCGAUCCGAGUGGGGAUCAGAAGUUGUCGCCGUCCUGACCGAAACCGUCCAUUUUUGGCUCAAGCGUUUCGAUCUCUUCGUGUAGCUGUACAUCGCGAUUGUUCAGUGGAUACUUCUACAGAAACGUUGAUAUGUGUAAGGCGACGAGGACGGAUCAGCUUCGUUCGACUUCCUAGUCGUGAUGCGAUCCGAAUGCGGAUCAGAAGUAGUUUUGGCUCGCGAAAGCAGUUCGCCGGACAUCCCUCAAGAAUCUCCGAUAGUCGACAUCGCGCUCCGCACCUUCUCAGGAAGAACAACAUUCCUCAAGAAUCUCCGAUAGUCGACAACGCGCUUCGCGCCCUCUCAGGAAGGACAAUAUCCAUCAAGAAUCUCCUAUAG